GCCAUUCACAAUCGCUGGUUCGUUUUAGAUAUUUUACAGUGCUCAAUCUGAACAGAAACCUUUCCAUGUCUCCAUGAUAUAGCAGAUUAAGCGCAACAAAAGCAGGCAGAAUUACAACCAUACCAGAACACGUACAGUAAGGACGAUGCUUCUUCCGUUGAUGGCCGUGCUGAUCGCCUCGGCAUGGCCGGCGGCAGCAUCGACGACGACGGCUGCUGCACAGCCAGCCGCCGCGUGCCAGCGCCGGUGCGGCGACGUGGACAUCCCCUACCCGUUCGGCAUCGGCCGCGGCUGCUACCUCUACACCGGCGAGGGCGACGUCACCUUCGGGCUCACCUGCAACCGCACCGCCGACGGCAGCUACCGCCCCUUCUGCUGGGAGUACGAGGUCCUGGACGUCUCCCUCCGCCGCGGGCAGGCGCGCGUCCGCAACGACAUCAACCGGUGGUGCUACAACGCCACGACCCGGUCGAUGGACGCGGAGAGCACGUGGUGGUGGGACGUCUCCGACUCGUGGUUCCAUGUCUCCGACGAGGGCAACCGCCUCGUCGUCGUCGGGUGCAACUCGCUCGCGUACGUGACGUCGGUGAACGAGACGGAGUACAUGACCGGGUGCAUGGCCACCUGCCCCAGCGUGGGGCGGCUGGAGAACGGGUCGUGCUCCGGCAUGGGCUGCUGCGAGGCGGCCAUCCCGAGGGGGAUCAACUCCUACGUCGUGGGGUUCGAGGAGAAGUUCAACACCACCUCCGGCGCCGUCGGCCGGUGCAGCUACGCCGUGGUGGUCGAGGCCGCCUCCUUCGAGUUCAGGACGACGUACGUCACCACCGGCGACUUCGUGGAGUCCACCGGCGGCAAGGUGCCCCUGGUGCUCGACUGGGUGGUCGGCAAGAAGACGUGCCGGGAGGCGAGGCGGAACGCCACGGGCUACAUGUGCGUCAGCCGCGACAGCGAGUGCGUCGAUUCGAGGAACGGCCCGGGCUACCUCUGCAACUGCUCCGCCGGCUUUGAAGGAAACCCUUACCUCCUCGACGGAUGCCAAGACAUUAACGAGUGUGAGGACAGCAGAUUCAAGUACCCGUGCUCUGUUCCUGGUACCUGCAUUAACACUCCAGGUGGAUUCAGAUGUUCUUGUCCUGAUAAAACAACGGGCAACGCUUAUUUUGGCACAUGCGAGGCCAAGAAAUCUCAGCUCGGAGUUCACAUCGCAAUUGGUGUUAGCAUUGGCAUAGCUCUACUAGUAAUCAUCAUGUCUUCUGCUUACAUGAUCCAGCAAAAGAGGAGGCUUGCCACUGUAAAAAGGAGGUACUUUAACCAGCAUGGUGGUCUGUUGCUAUUCGAAGAAAUGAAGUCAAAUCAGGGACUAUCCUUCACAGUGUUUACCAAGGACGAGCUAGAAGAAGCAACAAACAAAUUUGAUGAGCGAAAUGUGCUCGGGAAGGGAGGCAAUGGCACUGUCUACAGGGGUACUCUGAAAGACGGUAGAGUGGUUGCGAUCAAGAGGUGCAAGCUAAUCAACGAGAGGCAGAAGAAGGAGUUCGGCAAGGAAAUGCUCAUUCUGUCCCAGAUCAACCACAGGAACAUCGUCAAGCUCCAUGGAUGCUGCCUAGAGGUGGAGGUCCCCAUGCUUGUCUACGAGUUCAUCCCGAAUGGCACCUUGUACCAACUUAUCCAUGGCGGGCGACACGGGUCGCGCAUUUCCUUCGCGGCGCGUCUGAAGAUCGCGCACGAGGCAGCCGAAGCGCUUGCUUACCUGCACUCGUGGGCUUCACCCCCAAUCAUCCAUGGAGACGUGAAAUCGCCCAACAUGCUCAUCGACGAGAACUACACAGUGAAGGUUUCAGACUUUGGUGCUUCCACGCUGGCUCCGACAGAUGAAGCUCAGUUCGUCACACUUGUUCAGGGGACCUGCGGUUACCUCGAUCCAGAGUACAUGCAGACAUGCAAACUGACGGAUAAGAGUGAUGUGUACAGCUUCGGCGUCGUUCUACUAGAGCUGCUCACGUGUCGAAAGGCACUGAACCUUCAGGCCCUCGAGGAGGAGAAGAAUCUCUCGUCACAUUUCCUUCUAGCUCUAAGUGAGAACAGGCUCGAGGGGAUACUGGACUCACAGAUACAAAGCGAACAGAGCAUUGAACUGAUUGAACAAAUGGCAGAUCUAGCGAAGCAGUGCCUGGAUAUGUCCAGUGAGAAGAGACCCUCGAUGCGUCAGGUUGCAGAGGAGCUUGACAGGCUAAGGAAGCUAGCAGAGCAUCCUUGGGGACGGCAUGAAAGUGAGGAGCUGGAGAAAUUGCUUGUUAGAGGAUCGCCAAGCACGUUCUCUGAAAUAGAACUUAGCAAUGGGUAUGUCAGCUUGACUGACUCAGCGUAUUUAGGAAUCCAAUCUCCACGGUGAUGACAUCUCUCAUUGUCACCAUUCGAAAAAAAAAUCUCAUUGUCUCCGAGUCAAACAAGAUUGCUGCAUCUUUUCACAGAGUCUUCCAAAUGAUGUAUAUUGGGCCGUGUUUAGCUUCAAAGUUUUUCUUCAAA